GUGUUUGUUCAUCGAGUCAAUACGUUUGACCGUUGCAUUGAAAAGUCGCUACCAGAGACCCUACUCGGUUUAAUUGUCCUUUGCAGUGGCAGCUACCGCCCCCAGCUACCCUGUGACUAGGCUUUCGUGCGCUCAAACCUGUAAAGGUCAUUAGUAUUGUAGUCGCUUGCUUCAUAGCUGAGGCAACUCGGACAGCCAGCUGGAAAGCCGAAUGCUUGAAAGGCUUUCGAUUCGAUCAAAUCAUGAUGGCCACGGGAGCGUGCAAAAGCAGUCAAAGCUUCGCGAUCGCAGCAGCCUGUUUGGCAACAAGAAACAAGCGGCUUUCCAUGUCGUUAUAUCAGAGCUGCGAGCAGAGCUCAUGAACUCAAAGCACCACUCCACAAACUACCCCUGCGUCCUUAUGUGGAUUCGCGGCGAAACGAUACACGUCACCGACGAGAGCGUUGGCCAAAAAGUGCUGAGCUGGUCAGACACCUACUUUGCACAGCUGGUGACGCUGCAGCCCUCAAGCAGCGGCGGCCCGGGCUCCAGCUUCCGCCCCAAGGAGUGCAAGUUCAAAGUUCAGCAGCGCGGCAAGACCAUUGCCAAGACGGCCGUUCUGGAUCUGGCCAAGUAUUGCAGCGAUGCGGGGCUGGCGCGGGAGCAGAGUGUGGCGAUGCCUCUCACGCCAUGUGGCACGCUGUACUUUGUGAUCAGCACGGCCCUCGCAAACGAGCAGCUGCAGCCCCAGGAUAGCAGCCACAGACACUCAUGCAGCCAGCAUGAAAGGCAGCACAGCGCCUCCGCCGCCGUCUCCACCGCAGCCGGUGGCUUAGGAGGCGGCGAAUGCAACCAAAGUACGACAAGCAAGUUCACGGGGACAGCAGCGGCCGCCGCAGCGGCGGCAGCGGUGGCAGGGACGCCAGGGCGGGGUGGCGACGCCGCUUCAGAGGAUGGGGACCGGCCAUCCCGCAGCAGUGCUGUACGGCAGCAGCAGUUGCCAUCCUCAUCAGGCUCCCGACCGCCCCCGCCGACGCCGCUGCUGCCGCCUUCAGACUCCGAAGGCCUAGGCUUCUUCCGCCGCAUGGGUCGGGCCGGCAGCAAGCAGCGACUUGACAUCACGUCUGGGGGCGGCGGUGGCGGCGGUACCGGAAGCCCCCAACAGGCACCGAGACACCGCAAGUCGGAAAGCGCGCAGCUAAGCGGGAUCUCGGCGAAUGUGCCAUGGGAUCGCGUGACGCUAGCGACACUAGCUCCGACAGGCAGUGGAGGCGGCGGCGGUGGCAGUCCCGCUACCGCCGGCGCGUGUUCCCCGGCAACACGGCGCUGCGGCAGCGGAGCCCUGGCAUCCGCAUCGUCGGCGCCGUACCUGCACGCCGCAGACGGCGGCGCCACUGGCGCCACCAGCGCCCGCACUACCGGUAAUAAUCUUGAGCGCUGCAGUGUUAGCAACAGCAGAGCCAGCAGCAGCGAUACCGGCGCAGGGGCCGGCGGCGGCGUGGGCGCAAGCAGACACGCCGGCAGCGUCGGUGGCGACGACGUCGGCCGCAGCAACGGCGGCGGAGGUAACGGCUGGGGCGCAUGGUUGCGCGGCGGUCUUGGCUGGGGCCGCUCCUCCAACCACUCGGCGACAGGCACCUCUACCAGCCAGGCGUCCUUACAUGGCGGGCCCAGCGGCGGGGGCGGCGGAGGUGGCGGGGGCGAGCCGGAGUCCUCCGCUGCGCUGGAGACCGCCAUUGGAUCCUGCACCGACGCCGCAGAGCUUCGGGAGCUGGCGCUGGACAUGCUGCAUGAGCGCGACGCCUGGCGAAGCCGGGCACUGGCGGCGCAGGAUGCGUGCGGUCGGGCGCAAACGGCCCGUGGGUCGGCGGUGCGGGAGGCACAGCGACUGGAGGUACGGCUACGGCAGUACCAGGACGAGCUCGGGCGGCGAACCGAUGGGUCGUUGCUGCAGGAGCUGGUAGAAGCCAAGGUUCGCAUCGCUGAGCUUGCCAAUGAGAACAUGAAGCUGCGGCGGCAGAUCACCCACAUGGGGCCGCUGUUCUACGACGACAGCGGCGAUGAGGGUGGACACUGAUGAGAGGCGGGGGCGGCAGGGGGUGCUGUCGGGCGGGGCAGGUGCAGGCAGUAGCAUGCAUCUGCGUGGCAGCGGCGCCGUGCGGUCGCCGUGAUGGGGGCAAAGAGGGAGCAACUUGCCGUAUGACAAGGCUAUCCGCCAUGGGUUGCAGUAGGGUUGCCAGCUCAUCCAGCCAUGGUGGCGGGGUGUACAUACCAAGUUACUAAGACACCAAGCGCGUUAAAGUUUCAGGGUGUGGGCUUGCGGACGGGGUAGGUUACGUGUUAGUCGUGGCCAAGGCUCCACCGCUCGGGGGCCGAUUUUUAGGUGUUACUAUAGGCAUGCGGGCCUGCCAUACACGGCUUAGGUAGGUAGAGGAAGCUUUGGAAGGGGCAAUGUGUAGAUAUGACUAGCGUCGGCUGCAGUUCGUAAGGGGUACAUAGUUUUUGUGCAUUAACAUUUGCAAAUUCGAACGUAUUUACCUGUUGCUGAAGGAUGACGAACUUGCCAACAACUGCAUAUUGAAGAUAACCUGAAGGGGCUUAAGGCGGAUGCUGCCAACAUACAUAAGAGGCUGUGUACACUAGUGCCGUACAUAAUGCCGCACCUCCGUUUACGCUUACUGAUGCUGGCAAGGAUCCUCUUGCCACUGUGUUCAUGUGUUUUGUGUACGACAGCUGACGUAACGCGCCUUGUAAAGCAGAUGGACGA